AUGUCUUUGGGAUAUGUUACAUAUAAAGAGGGUACAUUUAGAUCUUUUAAUGUUAUAAACAAAGGAUUUACUUGCUUUAGAGGUUAUGAAAGGACCUAAGAUGUAAGAUUUUAGGAUUCAUUUAAAAGAAUUCCAAAAGUAAUACUCAUACCUGAAUUAUUUGAUAUCCCAACAUCAACAAUUGAUUACUCCUUAGAAAUUGUAACUAUUACAGAAUAAAACUUUACACUCAGAAUUAAAUGUACUGAAGGAUAAGUGAAUGGGAUUCAUUAUCGGUGGCUUGCAAUGGACGAUACAAGAAUAUCAGUUUUUAGCUAGUUUAAUAUAAAAGACUUUCAGGAUAAAAGCUUUGAUCUUGUGAAUCCUAAUACUCAAAAUUAUUUUGUCUCUCUGAUUUCUGUAUCAUCUACAGGAGCAGCGAAUGUUGAAAUCAAAGUUUCUGAAAUUACAGAAAAUAAGUUUACAGUUAAAAUCACUGAUAUAGCGGGAACACUUACUAGUAUAGGAUAUCAGGUUGUUCUUGGAAUAGAGGGUAUGCUGUAAUAAUACAAUAUACAAUAAUCAAAUAUAAAUGGUGCAUUUAUUGGCUCAAAAUUACCUUUGAGAUCACAAUCUUGGUUCCUCGUACCAUAUUUAAGAAUCUCGUAUGAUCAAGUGAAUCUUCUGAGAUAUAGAACAAUCUUUCAUAAAGAUUAGAUUUCCUAAUGGUAUGAAAUGACAGCAAUCGGAUGUUGUUGCAAUAUAGAAUAGGACCAUUAACCUAUUAUUAUAGAUUAUCAAACUACUUUCCUAUUUACACAAUCAAAAUUUGGGCAGGUUAAAAUUAAAUCAUUAGUAGAUAGCAAAACUAAUUAUAUAAAUUCUUUUAAAGCUUAAUUGCAAGGGAAUGAUAAUGUAAUUACUGAUUUAGGAGAAUCAUAUUACAAUAUUCACAAAGACAAAAAAUCUUCCUUUCUAACUAUUUAUGUGUUAUGCAAUCUAAAUGAAGUUCUCUCAUUAGAAUUCUAUCAUGGUUCAGGCCUAAAUAUUAAUUCGAAGCAUUUUCAACACAAGUGCAAUGGGAUAUUCAAAGAGAUUAUUUAUACUGUAGAACUUGUAUAAACAUUGGUUGCCUAUCAAAAAAUAUUAGUCAACAUAGCAGAGGAUAAAUGCGAGAUUUCUUAAGUACUCUCCAACUAAGAAGUACAAAUAGUAAAAUUAUUUGAAAUAAAGAAAACAAUAGUUUGA